AGCUGUGAAAAUUAAUCAGUAAUUCAAAACUCAUUAAAUUCAAAAGAACUAAGGAAGACAUGCAGCAGAGUAAAGUUUUUCUAUUGUGCUUCACAAUAGCUGCAGUAUUUCUAUUGCAGCAUGCAAGUGCAAAGUGUAAUGUUUGCGAAUCUAACAGUGUUGCAUGUAUCAACGAAACAUCUUUCCGACUCUGUCACGAUCAAACAAUUGAUAACAGAUACAUUUUUCACUGCCCCGACGCGAAUGUUUGUACCGAUCUAAGAGUUAUAUGCGUUGCAGAAGGUCCUAGCGUUAAACCACAUUGUGACUUAACCUCAGGAUGCAGCGUUUGCAACAACCAGAAGCUUUUCACUUGUGUCAGUCGCACUCAGUACGCUUUAUGCAACGGUGAUGUGGUAACCGAUGAUGUUGCCACAUGUCCUACAGGAUGGGUUUGUAGCAGUUCAACCCCUGAAAUUUGUGUUCCGGAAAGUUCAGUGCAAGGUGAAGUAGAGUGCCAACGAAAUGCAGUGUAGGUCUAAGUAAUAGUUUAAAUAUAAAUUUGUGUAAUUAA